AGUGGCAACACUGCCGUAGACGUCAACAUUGGCUGUGAGCUCUCACAGUCUUGGCCUCAUUACCUCACUCAUUGAAGACUUCUGCUUAUUUACCCACCAACAAUUGGUGUGGUAGAGAACCAGUACUACUUCACUUAAGAAAAUCAACAACAAUGUAUCUACAUCUUCAUAGACUAGGAUUAAAGUGCUCCUCAUGAGUUGUUGUUAAUGGCUUACUCUCAUCAUCAGCUGUUCAUAUUUAGUCACUGCUUUGUUGAAACUGAGUAACUGAGUGAAAAUCUUGCCUAAGUAAGCUGUAAUGAAAAAAAGAUGAGAAAUGGCGUGAAACUAUAUAAAUCUUCACAGUAUUCAUAAGAAAUAAACAAAAUAAAUUUUAAUUGAAAAUAAAUUCAUACAGAAACUGAACUACAUUAAUGUUUAUUGCAUCUUAAAGCUAUGUCUAAUAAACAUGAGUAACAUUUUAUGAUGGCUCAUGCAGAAAAAUGAUAUAAACUAAAAAAAAUUGUCAAAUAUUUGAAAGUAGAAAAACUAUGUCAGUGUUGAAAGUGUAAAAGAAAUUUCAUUAAUUUUUAAUAUACAGAAGUUCAUGUAAAAGAUAAGCUAUGUUUAGUGUCUGAAAUAUUUUAAAUUUAGUGCUAGUAAAACAUAUUAGAGUUCAUGCAAAAAUGAAACCAUAUCAGUGUUCUGAGUGUCUUAACAGUUUUAAACAGAAAGCACAUCUACUACAACAUAUGAGAAUUCACACAGGAGAGAAACCACAUCAGUGUUCGGUGUGUCCAAAAGGCUUCACACACAAAUCAGCUCUGGUACAGCAUAUGAGAAUUCAUACAGGAGAGAAACCUUAUCAAUGUUCAGAGUGCUUAAAAUGCUUUUCACUUAAAGCAACUCUUGUAAAUCAUGGAAGAGUUCAUACAGGGGAAAAGCCAUAUAAGUGUUCAGAGUGCCAGAAAGGCUUUUCACAAAAGGCACAUUUAAUCCAACAUUUGAGAGUUCAUACUGGGAAAAAACCAUAUCAGUGUGCACAUUGUUUAAAAGGCUUUUCACAAAAGUCAUUUCUAAUUCAACAUAUAAGGGUACAUACAGGUGAGAAACCAUAUCAAUGUUCAAUGUGUAUAAAAUGUUUUUCACAAAAGCCACAUUUAGUGCAGCAUAUGAGAGUUCAUACAGGUGAAAAGCCUUAUCAAUGUACAGUUUGUCACAAAGGCUUCUUACAAAAAGGAAAUCUAAUAAAACAUAUGAGAAUUCAUACUGGAGAGAAACCAUAUCAGUGUUCAGAGUGUAUAAAAAGCUUUACUCAAAAGGCGCAUCUAGUACAGCACAUGAGAGUUCAUACAGGAGAGAGACCAUUUCAGUGUUCAUUGUGCCUGAAAGAUUUUUCAGACAGGUCAGCUCUAGUACAACAUAAAGUAGUUCAUACAGGAGAAAAACCAUAUCAAUGUUCAGAGUGUCUAAAAAACUUUGCACUUAAAACCAGCCUAGCUAAACACUUGAAAAUUCACAAAAAAGCAAAAUCAUAUAAAUGUUCAAAGUGUCUUAAAAGCUUUGCACAAAAAAUACAUCUAGUGCAGCAUAUGGAAGUUCACAUAGGAGAAAACCUAUUUAGUGUACAAUGUGUAUAAAAGGCUUUGUAAAUAAAAAUCUAGUUAAACCAACUAAAAUUUUUACAGGUGAAUAUGUGGAUUUUCAAGAGGCUUUUAUGGACAGGAUCCAUGAAAGUAGUCAUGUUGUCCAAUUGUAAUAUUGGGACAUGAACAGUAUUUAGUGGUUAAUUCUGUUGUUGGGCCGGGAAUUACUAACAUAUACAAAGUGACAUAGGGUAAUCUUACAUAACCAUACUGGUUUAGCACUUAGUUUUUUUAACUAUUUAUGUGACAUGAAUAAAAUUUUGAUGAAUAUA